GUACGCGCUUCGUGGCCGACACGUUUUGUGUGUUCCCCCUUCCCGGUCCUCCGCCUUCGGCCUUCCCUUCCCACCUAGCCCAUCUUCCACCUUUCUCCCUCUAUUUCGUCCAUCGUUCGUUCGAUUUUUUGCGGCUUCGAUUGGAGUUCUAGGUGGGCGGUAAGGGCAAGGCACAAGCUCCCCUAACAAUCAACUCGACCAAAUCGCUUGCUUCGCUUCUAAUAAAAGUAUAAUCUUUGCCCGAUUGAAAUCAGGAGAGGAGAAAGUUCAUCCUCCUCCUUCGGAGUUCCCGUCUGAGCUUUUGAUUUCAGUCUAACUCUAAGGGAGGUGGGCCACCUGCUUCUUGCUGGGGUGUUUUGCGUUGCAUCCAGUGAAAAAUGUCAAGCAUAGAGGAGCCUCUUUGUUUUGACAAUGUGCCAAGAUUGAGCAUUAUCGGUAGGCUUCAACGAUGCACUUCCACUGCCUGCAGACCGAGGGUUGAUGAGACAGAAGUUGGUAAUUGCCUAACUGAAGCCAGAGAGUGUAGCUCAUCUAACAGUUGCAAUGAAGAUUAUGGCUGGAGAAGGCAUACAAGAGAUAAAUUUUCUAGAGAUUCCUUGGUUUGGUUAUCACACAAGGAUGGGAAUCAGGCAGUAUUCAGCAAGUUUUUUGGUGGAAUGCCAAGAUUUGUGAAAAUAGUCGAAGUUGGUCCUAGAGAUGGUUUGCAAAAUGAAAACCACAUAAUACCUGCAGCUGUAAAGGUUGAACUCAUAAAGAAACUGGCUUCAUCUGGUUUAUCCGUUGUCGAAGCCACAAGCUUUGUUUCUCCAAAAUGGGUGCCUCAGUUGGCAGAUGCUAAGGAUGUCAUGGAAGCAAUUCAUGAUGUUCAUGGUGUCAGUUUGCCUGUCUUGACUCCAAAUCUAAAAGGAUUUAAAGCAGCCAUUGCUGCUGGGGCAAAGGAAAUCGCAGUAUUUGCAUCAGCUUCUGAGUCCUUUUCCAAGUCCAACAUUAAUUGCAGCAUUGACCAGAGCCUUACUCGUUAUCGUGAAGUUAUUGCUGCUGCUAAAGAACUCAACUUGCCUGUUCGUGGGUAUGUAUCCUGUGUUGUGGGAUGUCCCACAGAAGGACCAAUUCCUCCAGAAAAAGUAGCAUAUGUGGCAAAAGAACUCUAUGAUAUGGGCUGCUAUGAGAUCUCACUUGGUGAUACCAUUGGACUCGGUACUCUAGGUACCGUGAUCCCAAUGCUUGAAGCUGUGGCAUCCCUCAUUCCAGUGGAUAAGAUUGCUGUCCAUUUCCAUGAUACCUAUGGCCAAGCAUUCCCAAACAUUCUGGUGGCCCUCCAAAUGGGAAUCAGUGUAGUGGAUUCAUCUGUGGCUGGUCUGGGUGGAUGCCCCUAUGCAAAGGGAGCUUCUGGGAAUGUUGCCACUGAAGAUGUAGUAUACAUGCUACAUGGUUUAGGCAUACAAACCAACGUGGAUUUGGGGAAGCUUAUGGCUGCUGGUGACUUCAUUUGCAAGCACCUGGGGCGUCAAUCUGGAUCUAAGACUGCCUGUGCACUGUGCAAGGCCAGCUGAUUCCUCAAAGAUUGCCAUGUGAGAUUUCAAAACACACAAGGGUCUUUAGCUAUGCUAUCUAUAUCACUAUUUACCCUUAACAAGGGGUUGAUAUUCGAUGUCAAAACAUUUGCAACUUUAAAUUCGAAGAAAAUAAAGGAGAAAUCAGUUUACCACUGAAGUCUCUUCGUGUUAAGUUGAACUUGACAGAACUGAUGGUUAUUGGCUGUGUGAACUAAUGUUUUUGAAUUUAUGCUGGAAGAGCUUUUAUAGUUAA